AUGCCCGGACGUACCUCCUCCACCCGCGCUUCGUCGACUGCUUCCACACGGAAAUCGUCCGUACCGCCAGCAACUGCGCCCAGUGUUUAUAUUCCCGAGGAGCCUGCGUUGCCGACAACCUCUGCAUCCCUUCGCUCAAAUGUAGUCGAUAUAUUCGCUGAUGCGCAACGCACAAUUACGGGACACAGAAAACUUGCUAUAAAGCUGAGAAAAAUCCAAGAAGUUUGUUGUGGGCUCCGAACAACGAAAGUAGACGGGAAAAAAGGCUCUCGCCUGAGCGAGAUUCAUCCAGAUUUGGCUGGCGGUGGGCUUCCAGAAAAGGAGUUGAAUAUCGAGAUAUGCCGAUGUUUACUUCGGGUGGUACCAGUGAAAAAAGCUGAGGGGGCGGCCGAUCGUGUCAUUAAAUUCCUAGGAACAUUUUUGAAAGCUGCCACUGAUAAAGACCUCGAGAUAUAUUCGGAUGAUGACCCCGACGAGACUCGGGGUCUACCAGAAACGCCUUCAUCUCGAUUGACGUUCACCAUCGUGUCUACCCUUAUUCCGCUACUUGCUGCAAAGGAUAAGACGGUUAGAUAUCGAACUACGCAGAUCAUCUCACAUAUUGUGAAUUCAUUGGACUCCAUCGAUGAUGAAUUAUACAACCUGAUAAGGCAGGGCUUAGUCAAGAGGAUCAGAGAUAAGGAACCUACCGUCCGCGUACAGGCUGUUAUGGGCCUUGGAAGACUGGCAGGUAAUGACGAGGAGGAAGAGGAGGGGGACAGCCCGUCAGCUCUACUAGAGAAACUUCUUGAUGUGCUUCAAAAUGACACCAGCGCCGAAGUACGACGCACACUUCUCCUUAACCUUCCUCUCACCCCAUCGACCUUACCAUUUCUCCUUGAACGAGCUCGAGACGUCGAUGGUCCAACUCGACGAGCUCUGUAUACCCGGUUACUACCUACGCUUGGUGACUUUCGUCAUCUUUCUCUCUCUAUGCGGGAGAAGCUAUUACGGUGGGGUAUGCGUGAUCGUGACGAAAGUGUACGAAAAGCAGCUGGGCGGCUGUUUUAUGAUCGUUGGAUUGAAGAUUGUGCAAGUUCAUAUAGAACAGACGAGGAUGAAGGCGAGGAAAAGUCUUUGUCCCCCACGAUUGCUGCUCUUACGGAGCUUUUGGAACGCAUUGACGUGGUGAACUCAGGGGUAGAAAAUGGAAUCGCACACGAAGCCAUGAAGAAUUUCUGGGAAGGAAGGCCGGAUUACCGCGAUGCUGUCUCAUUUGAUCAACAGUUUUGGGAAACUCUGACCGCAGAAUCAGCUUUCAUGGUUCGGAGCUUCAAUGCGUUUUGCAGACAGGAGGGCAACGGAAAGCUCGAAGAUUUGGCCGACGAGAAAAUUCCAGAAGUCACCGCUAUGGCGUUUUAUCUACACAAGUAUACAACCAUGCUUCUUAUGAGAUUAAACCAUCCUGAGGUGGCUGAAGGAGGGGAGGAGCAAACUAUGGAAAUCGAAUUUAUUGUUGAACAGCUACUUUACAUCUGCCUCACACUUGAUUACAGCGAUGAGGUUGGACGAAGAAAGAUGUUUUCUCUCCUUCGAGAGACCUUGGCCGUUUCUAAUCUACCUGAUGAGAUUACAAAGCUAACAGUAGAGGUCUUACGAUGUGUGUGUAGCCCGAACGCCGCUGGUGAAGGUGAAUUCUGCAGUGUUGUUCUCGAAGCUGUGGCAGAAGUUCAUGAUACCAUUGUUUCUGAGGAUAGCUUUGUAUCGGCUAAAUCGGAGAUAAGUGAGGAUAGCACUAAACCAGUGCAGAAGAAUAAACGCAAAAGCGGUGCAGGACGAGGCGAUGAAGAUGAUACUGAACAAGAUGGCGAAGUGCCGUUCAACAAGGAAGAGGCUAAGGCUAAAGUUCUCAAAGAAAUUGUGGUCAAUAUGAAGUGUCUCUACAUUGCACAAUGUAUGCUUCAAAAUGUGGAGGGCAAUCUUCAGGACAAUGUCCACCUUGUCACAAUGUUGAACAAUUUGGUUGUACCCGCUGUUCGAAGUCACGAAGCCCCUAUCCGUGAGAGAGGCCUUGAAUGUUUAGGACUGUGUUGCUUGCUAGACAAGUCCCUCGCGGAGGAAAACAUGGGUUUGUUUAUCCAUUGUUAUACUAAGGGCCAUGAAUCACUUCAGGAGAUGGCCCUGAGAAUUUUGUCAGAUAUAGUUACAACACACACCUCGCUGCUUGCACCAACUGCAUCACCUAAUGAUCCCAACUCCGUGACACCUCCACCAUUUCAAAAGCCUCUUCUGAAAGCGUUUGCAAAGGCUCUUAAGACAUCAACUCUACCUCAUGCCCAGAGUGCGGCUGUCAUUGCGCUAACCAAGAUGCUCCUUACUAAUGCUCUUUCUCCUUCAAAUCCAUCCAUUCCUCCAUCUAUCAAGGAAUUCAACGAUAACUCUAUUACAACACUCUUACAGUCCCUUGUCCUCGCAUUCUUCAACCCUCGGACACGCGAUAACCUAUCUCUCAGACAAGCAUUGACUUACUUCUUCCCCGUUUACUGCCACUCGCACAUAGCCAAUGCCCAGCACAUGCGGAGGAUUGCGGUACCGGCAAUCCGCACUGUUCUUGCAGUGGUCGAUGAUUUCUAUGCUCUUGAAGCAGAGGAGGAUAGUGAUGGCGAAAUAGAUGGAAGUGUCGGCGAGAAAGAAACGAAAGCUCUCAUGACGGGUGUCGUUGGGAUGUUAACUGAAUGGACUGAUGACCGUCGGAUUAUCGGCCUGGGUGGAGGAGGAGACCCAUUAGCACCAGCGAGUCUUUCAACAAAUUCAAUGCUACGACCCAGUGAAAGCCUUCAUCUCGCUCUCGCCAAAGAUAUUCUCCAGCGUGUCCUUGGUGUUGGGGGGUUCGCUACCGCUCCACGAGAAGAGAGGAAGUACUUGCUUUCUAUGCUAAGCAAGCUUCAUCUGCCAACCCCUGCUCCAAUGCCUUCCUCAAGAGCCAGCUCUCGUGUUCCAGAGGGCGCACCCGACGAGCGGGAGAGUCUACGAUCAAGUAUCAGAACCGAUAACAUGACUUCACAACUUCAAGAAGAUGACGAUGAAUUACCCCUGUUGGUCAAAGAUCUGCUAGACCAAGCCAUUUCAGCUGGUGUUGCUAGUGAUGCUUCAAGCCGGAAUGCUCUUGUGAAGGCAAAGAACUCCAUCCUAAAACUGCUUUCUUGUAUAAUUAAGCCAACGGACAUGGACACUAGCUCGGUGUCUGCGCGGCCAGAGAGAAGAGACAGAGUCCGCAUUAAAGAUGAACCAAUUGAGGAAGAAGAUGAAACUGAGGUGACGGCACUAUCUCAGGCCAGUAGGGCCAGCUCAGUAGCAGUAAGUAAUAUCAGCCGAAUUGAUGAGGAAGAUGAAGGAGAUGGUGAUGACACUGUGAUUGCAAGACAGCGGUCAUCAGCUCGCAGGUCUGAAAGUGUGGCAAGUACAGUUACGGGUGAUGAGACCGAGUGA